AUGGGCAAUACUUGCACUGCUUCUUUUUAUUAUUUUUGUCAAUCCCUAAAGGCCUCCUUCCAUUUACUGCUCCAGAAAAUAAUACUCAUUGUGAGCCGUCUUGUUGAUCUCGAUGACCCAGAAGCUCCAGCUCCAGCUGCCCAACCACAACCAUCUGCAACAACAGCAGCAGCAGCUAGGAACUUGGAUUGGGCAAAGAUUCUUGUGGUGUAUUGCUUGUCAACAGGAGUUGCCAUGGCUCUCAUACACACCCAAGUUCACCCUAGCAAGCUCCCUCUAAGCUUUUUCUUUCUCGGACUGGCAGUCCUACUCGCCUUUACGUGCAUCAUGGUAAGCAAAUUUGUUCAGCACUCCAAAUGUCCAAGAAUAACACUUCAUCUUUUCCAUUUCUUUGGGGUCUUUUUCGGAGUCACCGCCUUCUUCAUUUCCAUUACAAUCCCUUUUCCUCUCUGGUUUAAAUGUACUGCAUCUGUCAUCUAUUUGGCUUCAGGCCUUGUAGUCAUAUUUUGCAAUCACUUCUAUAAUUAA